CGUUACAUCUUUUUGGACCACUCCAGACACACCGCCCUGGCUCUCUUUCCUGCAGGAUUGAGACUGAUGAAUAUGAAACCACGGGGGGAUCGGGGCACUACAGAGGUGUAACAUACUUACACGACGUGUCAUGAUUGCCACCUUUGCAAAUAAGCAGCGGUGGCGUCGGAAAAUGGACCGUACCAAAUAAACAGGGUGCCUCUGAAAAGGGUUCAUUGGUCUUUAAACAUCUUUGGCACAUCUUUGUCCACCUACAAUGACCAGGAUGACACCCCGUGUGCUUACGUGCCGUGCAUUCAGCAUGCAACGCUGCUGACUGGCGCUUUCCACGUCUCUUUCUCCGCUUCGAGCCCCCCCUCCGGUGUGAGCCGCUGUCUGAGCGUAUGGUAGAGACGGCCAUCCUGCCUGGUCCUCCGGGUUUUUUUUUUUUUUUUUUUUUUUUUUGAGAGAAGAAGAAGAAGAAGAAGUUGGCGAAGGGAUGUGACUGCGAUGAUGGCGCUGCAGCUGAAGCACGGGGAUGCGGCGUACUACCAGAGUGCGGAUUACUGCAGAAAUUACACCACUUCGCCGCCUGUCAGCUACUGUGAAAGCAGCCAUUACCUCGCCCGUUUGCCAGAAACAGAGACCAUGUUGAAACCUCCUCUGAGUCUCUUCAGCCAUCUGCAGCAACCUUUCCACCACAUCGACUCUCUGCACCACCUGGGACCUCCGCCAAUGGCGCCUACGCAGCCUCUCGGCCCACCGCCUCUUGCCCCAGCUCAGGCGAUUGGACCCCCGAUGAUGGUUCCUGCCCAGACACUCGGCCCCCCUCACAUGCCUGCUUCUCACACGUUAAGACAUCCUCAUAUUACUCCACCACACAGCUUAGGACCCCCUCCGAUGGCCCGAGCUCAGCCACUGGGUCCUCCACCCAUGGCACACACCUUGGGUCCCCCGCCUGUAGAUCACACACAAGCAAUAGUGCCUCCCACCAUGGACCUCAUACAACAGUUGGGUCCUCCACCUCUGAGUCCUGCACAAUCCCUGGUACCCCCACCCGGAAUCUGCCGAUUUCCCCUCCCUCCGAGGCCUAUGUCCUCCCCUUCUGCUACCUGCCCAGAUGCUUCACACCUGCCCCCAAUGCCUCAAAGACCGGCCAUCGUCCCAGCCCCCAUGUCCUGCCUCAUCCCCCUUCCUCUCACUGGUCAGGCAGCCCCGGCCAGCGAGCAACCGCAGGAUGAGGGUUCUUUGCCGGGGGCGGAGGAGCAGGAAGACUCCCCGGGGCUGGGCGAGCUGUGUAAACCCCUGUACUGUAAACUCUGCAACGUUACACUCAACUCUGCUCAGCAGGCACAGGCUCACUACCAGGGGAAGAACCACAGCAAAAAGCUAAGAAAUUUCUACGCUGGCAAUCAGCAGCUUCCAGCCGUCAGGACCUCAGAAGUCCUCGAGGCGACCGGACAGACAUCCCUCUGCUCAGGAUCAAACGACAGGCAGGCGCAGUAUAAGGGGGCGACCCGGGUUAUCUUGGCCACAGAAAAUGACUAUUGUAAGCUGUGCGAUGCCUCGUUCAGUUCACUGGCCGUCGCACAGGCCCAUUACCAGGGAAAGAACCAUGCCAAGAAGCUACGGCUCGCUGAAGCCCAACAGAACUCUAGUAACGUGGAGGGCAGCAAUGAGACAGCCCCAAGAAGAAACAGGAAAGAUGGCAGUGAAUACAGACCGGUGAAAAACCGCCGCAGUCCACAGAUACCUGCUUGCAUGCCAGGACCGUACUACAACCCCAGGCCUAGGCAGCGCAUUCCCAGGGACCUGGCAAUGUGUGUGACUCCCAGCGGACAGUUCUACUGCUCCAUGUGCAACUGCGGGGCCGAGCAGGAGGCCGACUUCAGGCAGCAUCUGGAGAGCAAGCAGCACAAGGCGAAGGUGUCCGAGUUAAGAUACCGCCACGAGAUGGAGCACCUCGGCUACAGCUAA